AUGGAUGUGAAGCGUUUGGCAUAUGACUUUUGUUUUAAUCCGCGGCAUACGAAAUGGAUUGUCCCGCUUGUGGUCGUGGGCGAUGCUUUCCUCUGUGCCCUCAUUAUCUGGAAAGUUUCAUACACUGAGAUCGAUUGGACUACCUAUAUGCAACAGGUAUCACUAUAUAUUUCCGGGGAGCGCGAUUACACCUUGAUUAAAGGCUCCACGGGGCCUCUCGUCUAUCCCGCAGCACAUGUGUACAUCUAUACAGCACUCUACUACUUAACUGAUGAGGGCCGGAACAUUCUACUUGGCCAAGUCAUCUUCGCUGUCCUUUAUCUGGUCACUCUCGCGGUUGCGGCGAUGUGUUACAGGCGAUCCGGCGCUCCUCCGUACAUAUUUCCACUUCUGGUUCUCUCCAAGAGACUUCACAGUGUUUUCGUGCUGCGGCUUUUCAAUGAUUGUUUUGCAGCUCUUGCAAUGUGGGUUUCUAUCUUGCUGUUUCAAAAGAGAAAGUGGACGGCGGCGGUGGUUGUAUGGUCUGUCGGUGUGGGUGUGAAAAUGACAUUACUCCUCCUCGCGCCGGCGGUGGCAGUGGUUGUCAUUCUGAGUUUACCUCUUACUCGGGGUAUCGAACUUGGUGUGAUAUCAAUUCUUAUUCAAUUCCUGCUUGCGAUUCCUUUUCUUCAGAGCAAUCCUAGUGGAUACGCUUCCAGGGCAUUCGAGCUCACGAGACAGUUUAUGUUCAAAUGGACUGUAAACUGGAGAUUUGUCGGUGAAGGAAUCUUCCUCUCUCGGGGUUUCUCUUUGUCUUUGUUGGCCGUGCACAUCUCCAUAUUGGCUUUGUUCGUCUCCAAGACAUGGCUGAGACCGUCACGUCUCAGCUUAUUUGGAUUCAUCCAAAAUGUCAUCUGUGGCCGACAACAGACAGUGGAGCUUUCGGACUCUUUCAUAAUGAUAGUCAUGUUAACAUCCCUGGCCAUCGGGAUGCUGUGCGCCAGGACUCUUCAUUAUCAGUUUUUUGCCUAUCUUUCCUGGGCGACUCCUUUUCUUCUCUGGCGCGGAGUCCAUAGUCUAGUACUUACAUACAUCCUAUGGGCUGUACAAGAAUGGGCUUGGAAUAAGUAUCCUAGCACUAAUGCAAGCUCCCUGGUCGUUGUGUUGUCACUUGCUGUCCAAGUCGGUAGCAAUCUGUGGAGUGGUCAGUGCAGAUUCGAUGACAACAAGCGUGUCAAGGAUGGCAAGGGCAACAUUAAAGAGCAUUCCCAAUAA